AUGGCGCUACAGCAGCUGCUGCUGCUCACCGUGCUACAGCCGAAUCUCAUCCUGCUUGCGACACUACAGCCGAUUCCCCUGCUGCCAGCCCCACCACGUGCAGCAGCAGCAGCAGCAGCAGCAGCAGCAGCAGCAGCAGCAGCAGCAGCAGCAGCAGCAGCAGCAGCAGCAGCAGCAGCAGCAGCAGCAGCAGCAGCAGCAGCAGCAGCAGCAGCAGCAGCAGCAGCAGCAGCAGCAGCAGCAGCAGCAGCAGCAGCAGCAGCAGCAGCAGCAGCAGCAGCAGCAGCAGCAGCAGCAGCAGCAGCAGCAGCAGCAGCAGCAGCAGCAGCAGCAGCAGCAGCAGCAGCGGGACAACGGAGCAUGCUGGCGAUUCCGCCCAAGGAGAGCGUGGAGAGGGUACAUGUGUGGCUGCUGCUGCAUGGGUUGGAGGGCGUGGAGAGGGCGGAUAAGAAAGAGAAGGAGGGUUCUUUGAAGCCGAAAGAGGCUCCCUCUCCUGGGUUGGAUAGAGCCGGGUGCAGGGAGGGGCCGGAAGUGGUGGCGGCAGUCAACACGGAGGAGACUUUUGAGUCUCCUCCAAAAGCAGUCAACACGGAGGAGACUUUUGAGUCUCCUCCAAAGGCAGUCAACACAGAGGAGACUUUUGAGUCUCCUCCAAAGGCAGUCAACACGGAGGAGACUUUUGAGUCUCCUCCAAAGGCAGUCAACACAGAGGAGACUUUUGAGUCUCCUCCAAAGGCAGUCAACACGGAGGAGACUUUUGAGUCUCCUCCAAAGGCAGUCAACACAGAGGAGACUUUUGAGUCUCCUCAAAAGGCAGUCAACACGGAGGAGAAGGAAAGGUCUCAAGGGUUGGAUGGAGUGGGGUGCAGGGAACUGCCGGAAGUGGUGGUGGCAUUCGACUCGGAGGAGAAGCGGUUGAAGCCGUUUCUGCAGUGCGCCGGCUACACUGAGGUAUGCGUUCUUCAUGUGUUGGCUACACUGAGGUAUGUGUUCUUCAUGUGUUGGCUACACUGA